AUGAUCUUCCCUGUGAUGUACCAGUUCGUUCGUCUUCUAUCAGCCAAGGACCACGAACUCGAUCACUUGCCAGAAUACAUCCGUGCAAGGUUCGAGAAUUGUCCAGAAAAUCUUGUAGAUCGAAUUGAGCUACAAGCCGAUAUCGAUUGGCAGUCGAUGCAGUUUUCCAGCUGCAUACGCCACCUUAGGGUUGAAUGGAAGAUGAACGAGCAACAGCUGCAAAGCUUCAGUUCAGCAGUCUUGAAAUUAAAAACUCUCGAGCAUCUAGAUUGGAAGGUUUCGGCAGUAGACAGCAGCAAGUGGUACAACAUUUUAGUACAGUUUGUUGAAAAACUGCCUCAAAUUCAAUCUCUAAAGCUAACUCUACCCCUGAAUGACAUUCAUCUGGAUGAUUCGGGAGAGAUUAUAGACCUAGCUAAUUUGAAGAGUCUCGCCAUUGAAUUGGAUCAAUAUACUGGAAAGCAGCCCGACGAACAAGUACCAUCUAAUAUCAUUCGAUUAAUUUGCGGCGCGCGCAAUAUCGAAUCACUGGCCUUAGAUAUUGAAGUAGAUUUUACACUGAUGGAAGAUCUAUAUUUGGACUGGGAGGCUGAGGACAUGUUUGCUGCAAUAUUCUCGCACCAAUUUCCUCGUCUACGUGAGCUGUCCAUCGGCUCAUAUUAUCAGCUUACGUCCGUUGAAUGUUUUAGCGAUGCUCCUUCUGGUCUUCGGCAAUUCCUUCAGAGGCACCCACUACUAGAGAAAGUAGUCUUGUAUAUGCAUGGCCGCCAACUAGAACCAGACUGGUCCAUUUCUCCUCAAGAUAUGGAGGAUAUCAUUCCCUCAAUUCGACAUUUCGCAGGCCCGGCUUUAAUGGUCAACACCUUGGUGAAUUCGAGGCUUGUCAGUCAAUUGGAGGUCCUCCAGAUUAUCCAACUAGAGAACAUCCCUGACAGUAACUUAUCCGAUCUACUCCAAGGACCGGAUAUCUUACCCCUACAAGUACUAUCACGCUUGCGGGGGAUAGGGAUAUACGUCGAAAGAGACGUAUCAUGCAAUAAUACAGAAAAUGGGAUACUCGCACUAGCGAAACUUGUUCCAGUUGUACCAGGGUUAGAGGAGAUAGUGUUUUGUACGAAGCAGAGACCCACGCAGGAUAACAAGGCGAGUGCCUUCAACUUGAUAUUUAACAUCCCUGAUAACAGCGUCUCACUAUUUAUUCAGGAAGAUCUACUCAAGACGAUUGCACAAUUGCCUCACCUGCGUAGGCUAGCCCUGCCGGAUUGGCUGCUUCUUUUAUUUAACCAACUACCUGGCGCCCAUAGCUUUUCUGAGCGUGCAAAAUCCCUUUGUCCUGGUAUAGAGAUAGUUGGCAGCUUCGAAUUCAGUCCAAACAUAACAUCAGCGAUCAAUGAAGGGCUCGCUGGAUCCAUGGAUACAUAUAGAUAUCCCCCACCCUAA